CUCAUAUGUGCGUAGGAAUCCUCUCAAGCCACACGUGUCGGCUUACCCGUGAACUGUGAAACCCAAUACCACUGUCCCCAAUAAUAGUGAAGUGAAAAUGUUAAUAGACUUCAAUUCGUGUAUUAUGAUCGAAUAAUACCACACAGUGAAUGAUAGAUUUAUCGCGGAAGUAAAACGCUUAUCACUAAAACUAUGAAUGCUAAGUACGGUGCGACUAAUGCUGAAAUUACAGAGACUAGUGUAAAGCAGGAUGACACUGUUAAAGAAAUUGAUUUGAGUGUCCCGUGCAAAAGGCGAGGAUGGUGGAGAGUAAGCCAGAACCUCCUGUACGGCUUGGGCCACGUGUACAACGACCUAUGUGCUGCUAUGUGGUUCUCUUAUAUGAUGCUGUUCUUCCAAGCGGUACUCGAAAUGAGGGCUGUCAUAGCCGGCGCGAUGCUAUUGUUAGGUCAAGUGGUCGAUGCACUUGCCACUCCAGUUGUUGGCGUUUUAGCUGACAAAUACAGCACUAAGAAGUUUUGGCAUUUAAUAGGUUGCGCGGUUGUAACGUGUACAUUUCCCCUGUUGUUCAUACGAUGCUGGGGUUGCAGGCCUGGCAUCAACACCGAGUACUUGUCCUGGUGGAUGCCCUUUUAUUACGCUAUUCUGGUCAUCUUCUUCCAAAUAGGUUGGGCUGUAGUGCAAAUCUCCCACCUGGCGAUUAUACCAUCCAUUACAGACAAUCUACAAAUACGAUCAGAGUUGACGUCUAUAAGAUAUAUGGCUUCAGUAAUAUCGAGUCUCACUGUUUACUUCAUAACGUGGGUAGUUUUGAGAGCGACCAAUUACAGCACGUUUAUUGGACCGUCGGAUGAUUACAAAUUCCGGGAUGUAUCACUAAUAAUAUCUACCUUAGGAAUAGCUUCCUGCAUAAUAUUCCAUAUUUUCUUUAAACUUAAACCUCCUAUAGAAGAGAAACCUAAAGAGAAUGGGCAUGCAGUGGAAACCGGUGAAAAGGAUUCUACAAUAUUAUCAGCGAAGUCUAAAAUUAUGCAUUUUUUGCAAAUGCCUUUGUUAUAUCAAACGAGUUUGUUGUACGUUUUCUCGAGGUUAUACUGGGCGUUGAGUCUUGUUUACGUUCCGCUUUUCUUAGAAGAGCGAUUGUCAGUAAACGCGAACGCUGCCGCCGAGGGCUCUGAGCUAGUUGCCAGCGUGCCGCUCGUACUUUACAUUUCGUCACUAUUUUUCUCCUUUCUUUUAAAAAGCAACAUCAAUAAAAUCGGUCACCAGGUGGCGUACCUGAUUGGCAGUUUUCUCAGUUUAGUGAGCUGUAUGUGGAUCGCAUUAGCAAUAAGCCCAGACGCGCAUGUUGUACAGAUUUAUUUGGUGGCCACUUUAAUAGGAGCUGGCAGUUCGAUCACUCUAGUUUCAAGUCUAUGCGUCACUGCAGAUUUGAUAGGACCACAUUCGCACCAGGGCGCUUUGAUAUACUCCAUAGUGACGUUUGCUGACAAGUUAGUGACUGGAAUAGCUGUGGUGGCCAUAGAAAACUACAAAUGCGACGAUGUGCUGGAUUGCCCGCAGUACUACCGAGGCGUUCUGACGUAUGCUUGCGGAGGCAGCGCAGUGCUCGGCAUACUCUCAUUAUCUAUCACCACUAUAACUUCAAAACGUUGUAAACCUUAAAUUAUAAUAUUUUUUUAUACUAAUGUUACGUAAUUGUAGUACAAUAAAUAAAUUAUAUUAAUUACUGGCGGUCAA